AUGGCGGGGCCGCUGCUGGAGUAUGAAACCGAGAUUUUCCUGAGUCUCUUCGGCUCCGACGGGCUGCUGGUGGUGGCUGAAGGGAUGGGGUUAGACCGCAUCCUGCUGCAGUUCAUGCGGGUUUACUCGGAGAAAGACAGUCUGGUGCUCCUGCUGAACACGACCACACCUGAACAGGAGUACUUCACGGAGCAGCUGAAGAUGGAGGGCGUGACCCACCUGCCCCGGACAGUGACCAGCGACGUCCAGAGCUCAGAGCGCUACAGCGUUUACACCGAGGGCGGCGUGCUGUUUGUCACCAGCCGAAUCCUGGUGGUGGACUUCCUCCUGGACCGCAUCCCCGCUCACCUCAUAUCAGGCAUCCUGGUGUAUCGAGCUCAUAAAAUCAUCGAGUCGUGUCAGGAGGCCUUCAUCCUGCGGCUGUUCAGGCAGAAGAACAAGACCGGGUUCAUUAAAGCCUUCACCGAUAAAGCCACGGCUUUCUCCACCGGCUUCUGCCAAGUGGAGCGCGUCAUGAGGAACCUUUUUGUCAAGAAACUCUUCCUGUGGCCUCGGUUUCAGGCUUCCGUCAACACCGUGUUGGAGAAGCACAAGCCAGAAGUGGUGGAGCUGCACGUGUCCCUGACGCCGGCCAUGAGGGCCAUCCAGAGCUCCAUCCUGGACGUCAUGAGCGCCUGCCUGAAGGAGCUGAAGCGCUACAACCCCACGCUGGAGGUGGAGGACCUGUCGCUGGAGAACACGCUGGGGAACGCCUUCGAGAAGACGAUCCGACACUACCUGGACCCUCUGUGGCAUCAGUUGGGGGCUAAAACCAAAGCUUUGGUUCAUGACCUGAAGGUGCUGAGGGUCCUUCUGCUCUACCUCACUCAGUACGACUGCGUCACCUUCCUCAACCUGCUGGAGUCUCUGCGCUCCAGCCAGAAGAUCUUCAGCACCAAUUCAGGUUGGCUCUUCCUGGAUUCCAGCACUUCCAUGUUUGUGAACGCCAGAAGUCGAGUCUACCACAUUCCAGAGAACAAAAAGAAGCUCAAAGUCGGAGCCGAGGAGCAGAAAUCUUCUGCAGCUGCAGAAAUCAAACGGGAGCUGGUCCUGGAGAAGAGCCCGAAGUGGGAGGCCCUGACUGAGGUGCUGGAGGAGAUAGAGAAGGAGAACAAGAGCUGUGAGGAACCAGGCCGCGUGCUGAUUUGUGCCAGCGACGACCGCACCUGCGCCCAGCUGCAGCAGUACAUCCGCCACGGCUCCGACUGGCUGCUGCAGCGGCUGUACGUUCGCACCAUCGGCAAGCGUGACUCUUCCGCCGCCGCCGCCCUGGAGGUGGACCUGUUCAAAAAGGGGAAGGCGGCGCUGAAAAAGGGAGCCAAAGGGAAGGAACCGGCGCAGAAAAAAAGGGCGACAAAAACUAAAAGCAGGCCGUCUCUGACGCUGACCCAGAUGAUGGGGAAGGAGGAGGCGGAGCCAGUGGAGAUGAGGAGCAGCGACGAAGACUGUCUGAUGGAGGAGGAGGAGGAGGAGCAGAUGAAGUUGGAUCUGUCCUCGGAUGCCUACUAUGGGAUCUUAAAGGAGCCUCUGACCGUCAUCCACCCGCUGAAGGGCUGCAGCGACCCCCACAGUCUGACCCGGGUGCUGCACGAGGUGGAGCCCAGCUUCGUGGUUCUGUACGACGCCGAGCUGAGCUUCGUCCGCCAGCUGGAGGUCUACAAAGCCAUGCGCCCCGGGAAACCCCUCCGGGUUUAUUUUCUAAUCUACGGAGGCUCGACUGAGGAACAGAAGUACCUGACGGCGCUGUCCAAGGAGAAGAAGGCAUUCGAGCAUCUCAUCAGAGAAAAAGCAACGAUGGUCAUCCCGGAGGAGAGGGAGGGGCGGGAAGACACGAACCUCGACUUGGCUAGAAAUUUGGAGCCCGCCAACGCCACCACCAACAGCCACAAAGCAGGAGGUCAGGAGCAGCCCAAAGAGCCGUCCAGAGUCAUCGUGGACAUGCGCGAGUUCCGCAGCGAGCUGCCGUCUCUGCUCCACCGCCGUGGACUGGACAUCGAACCCGUCACCCUUGAGGUGGGCGACUACAUUCUGACCCCGGACACCUGCGUCGAGCGCAAGAGCGUCAGCGACCUGAUCGGCUCGCUGCAGAGCGGCCGCCUCUACAGCCAGUGCCUCUCCAUGACCCGCUACUACCGGAAACCGGUGCUCCUGAUCGAGUUCGACCCCGCCAAGCCCUUCUCCUUAAUGGCCAGGUCGGACUUUCGCCACGAGAUUUCCUCAAACGACGUCUCGUCCAAGCUGACUUUGCUGACACUUCACUUCCCCCGCCUCCGUAUACUGUGGUGCCCCUCCCCCCACGCCACCGCUGAGCUCUUCCUGGAGCUGAAGCGAGGCCGCGCCGAGCCCGACGCCGCAGCCGCCCAAGCGAUCACCGCCGAGUCGGAUACGGUGGCGGAGUCUGCGGGCCUCUACAACCCCGGACCCUACGACUUCCUGCUGAAGAUGCCAGGAGUCAACGUGAAGAACUACCGCGCUCUCAUAAAACACGCCGACAGCCUGGCGGACAUCGCCAAGCUCAGCCAGGACGAGUUAGCAGAGAUACUGGGAAAUACUAACAAUGCUAAGCUGCUGUUUGAAUUCAUGCAUAAUGUUGCAGAUGUUCCUGCUCCGGUGCAGAAGAGAAAACAGACGUGACGGAGACUGGAGCUUGUGACGUUUGUACCACUUUAGUGUACAAAAAAAGAAGUAAUUUUUUUAAUGUAUUGAGACAAAUAUAUGUAAUUUGAAUAAUUCAAAAUUAUUCUAAUUAUAUUCUAUGGUGCAAAAUGAAUUAAAAUAGAGCAAAAAUAUUUUCAAAAACGUUUUUAGUAUUCAUUUUUUUACAGAUUUUGGGAUUUCACUGGUUCUGAUGUUUCAAAAUAAGGGUUUUAUAUAU